UGAUGAGUAACAUGUGCUUGUGCUGUGCCAUAGGAAUUGCUGCAAGGGGUUAGAGCUCAGGUCCACGUAGCACUGGGUCUUGUCUUGAAGGGUGGCUGAUUGCAGAUAAGCAAGGAAAAAUGCCAAGGCAGCACAGGGAUAUUUUCCUGUCCAUACUUCAUAUGGUCUCCUGGUGUGAUAUAAUGCUUUUCCCAAAGCAACCCUUUGAUCAGCCCAUUCCUGGGACAGGACAGGGUGGGAGACCCUGUUUUGAGACCUGGUUUCCCAUCCUGCAAGAUGCCAAAAGUGGUGCAAGUGAGAGCAAAUGCAGGGAGACAAACUUUUCCCUUCUUACAUCAUCUCCCUACGAGGUGAGGGACACUCCACCUUUUGGGGUCUGAUCCAGUGUCUCGUGCAUCUGGGCGGAUGGGCCUAGCUGCCAGCCAAAAGACGUGGCUGCCUGCAGUAGCUUUGGGUCACAGGUAACCUACUUGUCACUUCAAGGGGACUGACAGUGACAGUGAAUGGCAGCAUGAGAGGGGAGAGGACUCCAGAAACCUUGGAGAGAGGCAGAGAAUGCUCAGUAAUCAGCAAAUAAAAGCACAGAUUUGGGGAAGAGAAGGGCUCUACUGUCCCCUUAGUGGUGCUAAGAGACCCUACUUGCCUAUAGUCAACCACUCUCUGUCCUGGUCAGUGCAGGGUGGGGAGGAGGGGACCUGUGUCUAAUUACACUUGGGGUUCAUACUGCUGAUUGAUUUUUGGGUUGCAGUUUUGAUGAGCCUGGCAGCUCUCAGCCCCGAGGUGUUGAGCUCCUGAUGGCUGUGAGUGGCUGUGCAUUGCAGUGGACGUGCAGUUACUGGCACAGAUACUGCAGGUUGCACAUGGAGGGCUCUGGAUGUGAUUUGCAGAAGCUCCAAGUGCAUUUCCAUGUCAUCUUGCACCAAAACAAGUGUGGACUGCUGCAGUGUUGCGUCCCAUCCGUGUAUCAGCUCUGCUGAACCCAGUCAGGGCUUUGAUCGGGCCAGCUGACAGCCAGCCUGUUUUGGGGGUUAGCAUUCAGCUUACAGUGCAGAUGGACACAGGAUAGUGCCAGGGCAGAAGUGGGGGCAGGCCACAGCAACACUUGAUGAAGGUGCCAUGGAGCCACAGUCUUAAGAUCAGCUGGUGAAAGAGAGGAAAUAGUUGAACAGAAGAAUUUUGCUGUGAAAUUCAGAGGGUUAAGGUGGGUCCAAGAUCUUGCCUUUGUUAAACUCCUUUGGGGAUCAGAGUGUGCAAUAACGAUGCUCCAUAGCAGGGGAGAAUAUGGCAUGUUAGAAUGAGCUAUUUCCCUCUGAAAGGCUCCCUGUCUCUGUUGAAGCACACAGCAUUGGUUAAAUAGUUUUUGUUAGCUGCAGAGAUAAGAUAGGAAACAUCUCCAGUGAACCAUGCAUGGUUUGAAGAGGAAACUCACUGUGAUAUGAAUUCAUAUACCAGCUUAGGAAAUCUUGUCUGCUUUCAGGGUGUUUACUUCAGUCUGUAUGAAGUAGAAAUAUCAAAUAAGGAUCAAUACAAAAUGGAUCAGUUAGUAGAAAAGCUAAAGGAAAAGGACUUGGCAAUCAUCAAAUAUUUACAAGACCAAGGAGUCCUUAUCCUCCUCACGUCCUCUGCCUUGGCACGAGAUGAUGGGUUUGACCCCAAGGAGCCUGUCAGCCUCCUGGCCCUGUUUCUGUUCACCUCAUCCCGGUCGGUAUGCCUGAGAGACAGCCGUCAAGAGGAAUGUAGGGCAGGCGUACCAAACCCGCUGUGCAGACAUGCUGCAGUGUUCCUGAGCCAGCAGCGGAGGCAGGCAGCUGGGAGCUGGCUUGCGGGGACGCCUGGGCUUGCCGUUGAAAAGCAUGAUCCAAAAGAUGAAAGGGAAGAUGGUGACGAUAGUGACAUCUCAUUAAAAAUAGCAUCAGUUUUGCCUGGACUUCGCUACGCCUUACAGAAAGCCACGAGUUCUUCAUGGGGGGAUGCAGUCAGUACCAGCAUACGUAUCAAACAGCACCUCCAGGAGUACGCAAAGCUUGAUCAAAAUACACAGCCCACCUCUGGGCAAAACAGCAAAGUUCCCCUUUCUUCUGUCCUCUCACCAACUGAGGAUGAAUGUACUGAUCCCUUCAAAAAACACUCAGAGCAGUCUUUCUCCCAGCUGCAGCAUUAUCUGUCUGAUCCCAGCAGCUAUACUCUGGAAAUGUCAGCUGCCUUAGGAUGUUUGACUGGUGCUGUUCAGUCUCUUUGCUGCGAUUCAGAGGCCGAUUGUAAAGUGGACUUCUGUUCAGCUGUGCCACCAGACCCUAUUAGUCCCAACACAGCAGCAGAAAUAAAAGUCAAAAGUGAAAACCCACAGCCCAGUGUGGGGCUGGGCCAGAGAGGUGAAGGGCCCGCAAAAGAUGUUAACUCAGCCAGCAAGCUAUGGGUACAGCAGAGCAGGAGAAAAUCCAGCCGAGCCAUUGUGACCAGCACCAGGAAGAAAUGGUCACCCCUCAAGAUGCAAAUGCAUCCUAUGGGGGACAGCAGCAGGAACAGGAAAGCAACCAAGAAGAAGAAAAUCAACAUCGCUUUCUCUUUUCCUAAAAAGCCAGGGUUCGCGGCCAAUUCCAACGAGCCCAUGCUUAAAUUAGCCAAUUUGCAGUUUCCACACAGAAGGAAAAGAGGUGCGGAGGUCCUGUCUGCAGAAUUUGUGCACAAAGCACAGUCUGAACCUGUUCAGAAGGAAACCUCAGCUCCUGACGAUCCUGGCUUGGAAACAAAGAGACUAAAGAUACUGAAGAACCCAGACAUGAAAAAGGUUCCUGUUGCUGAGACCGUCACGAAGCCAGUGAAAAGUAAGACACUAAAAAGUGUGGCUAGCAGCCCAUCAAAACCUCAAGCCAAAAAGCAAGCAGAAAGCGAGUGGAAGGAGCCAUUCUCUGUCCUCCCAAGCGAAGUUUCUUCCCAAUGCCAUGGAGCAGAUGGCCAAACAAGUGAGAUUUACCCAGGCAGGGUUCCUGAUCUCGGUUUCGUUCUGAAGGGAAACAACUAUGAGUCCCACGCCUUGAACUUGCUGGCUGAUCUGGCUCUGGGUUCUUGUAUUCCUUCGUUUAUCCCCAGGGGCAGUGGGAUGAUCGCUGUGUCCUGCAGCCCCUCCAGCAACUCUGCAAAGGAGCAGCAGAGUCAUCGCAAGCACAGAUCCUUGCGUGUUGCUUCUGACCAUGAAUACCACAGGGUAGACAAGCUUGCAAAGGGAGCAACCUGUCCUAGCAAAGCAUCGCCGAACCAGAAGCUUUCUCCUGCUGAAAAAAUAGACUUAAAUGAUUUGGCCUCUAUUGCCAGAGAGAAAAACCCUGGGAUUUUCAGCAAGAAGAACAGUGCGAGCCCCAGCCCUGCAAAACCCCAUGCAUUGCCUCCAAGAGAGACUCAAGAAGCUGCUGAGGUGAACAAGCACUCCUUCAUCUCUGCUGAGCACUCAUAUGCCUCACAGAUGCCUGAGCACUCAAAGAAACACAUGUAUCCCAGAGGUGCUCCCUACCCUGGCCCAGCACCUUCCAGAAACGGGACCAGGAAUGCCCAAGCAGGACCCCUGGUUGGGAAAGUUCUGCCUUUCCGCCACCAGCAGAACAGCACCCACCUACAGCAGCCCUUCGAGGCCGUGGCGAUGAGGCGCAGGAGCAACCUGCUCUCCCCCCGGCUGAAAGAGGACUUUGCAAAGUCCCACACAGUGAACAUCUGCGGCGAGUCUGUGAAGGUGACGUGCCAUUGGGAGGCAGAGUAUCUCUUCAAUUUGGACAGCAGGUACACCAAUGAUGCCCUGGAGAAAACAGUCAUCCGCGCCCUGCAUGGGCCCUGGGACCCCGAUCUGCCCGAUGAUGUGGAAGAGAUGAAGCUGAUCCUUCAUAUGUGGGUGGCUCUCUUCUACAGCAAACCCAGCAAACUCCUGAGCAGCACGAGGAAGGUGGUAGAGCACAGCAACCCCGAGAAGUAUGUCUCAAUAAACAGCACUGGGGACUUUCUUGAGCUGAGUGAUGAUGGUGAGGACUGUUUUGGGUUGGAGACAUGCCCUGCAGACUCUCGGUCAGACCCUGACCAGACUCCCAGCAGCUCUCUGGAUCGCAGCACACAUUGCCAGGGAUGUUUCUGCCCAGAGGAGAGCCCUGCAGACUCUCAGACUGAUGAUGAUGGGACUCCUGGUGUUGUCGAUAGCACGGUAUCAUCUUCUUCAGUGGAGCUGCCCUGUGGGGAGGAGGAGCCUUCCUCCACAAGCUGUCCCGAGAGCCUUUCCCUCAUUGAACAUGCCGAUGAGAGCCUGGCUGUGAAAGACAGGCAGCUGGCAGUCAUUCCUGAGGAGUGUGUACAUGAUGUCUCGACCAUCACUGUGAAGGAGCCACCCAGGGAGGGACUGCUGGACGCUAUGAUGACCCCCAGCCCUUCCGAUGAGCUUGGCAAUGCCAGCAAGGCUCCAGCUGCACUGGGCAGGGAAAACCCAUGCAGCCAAGCCCCAAAUUCCAGUACGGCUCCCUGGAAUGAUGCCCCAUGCAUGCUGCAUGGACGUGGAGAGCAGCAGGAGAGCGCGUGGGCAGCAGGGUCUGGGGGUGGCCCUGGCCCUCCCAAGGAUGGAGAGGGCAUGGGAGAUGCUGGGCACUGUAUGGAGGUUCAGGACGGCAGCUGGGCCACCAGCAACGGACUGGAAUGUGCCUGUGAUUCAAUGUCCUUAGAGGCGAGUCCCAAAAGUGCAAAGCUGGAUGGAGCCAGUGGGGAAGGCAGGGAAUCACAAGAUACCCUUGGACAUCCAGACAAAGAGGAGGAAGAGGUGGAGGAGGGAAAAAAAGAGAAAGAGGACUCUGAGUAUGAAAGCACAGUCCUGGAGCCUGUUGAUUUAGUAUUUUCUGAAAGCAGUGAUGCUGACAUAGAGCAUGAACUCAGCGAGCAGAAGCGAGUGAAUUCGGCAUGUCUGAAGGACUUUGACAUUCCCGGAGAGGGCCCUGUGCCCAGCCCCACUGCCUUAGCAUCCUCCUGCCCAGGCAGAUCAACACCAGUGCUGUCAGAUGGGACCGCGACUGGCCCUCGAGGACUUCCUGGUGAGAUGGCACCAAGCCUGCACACACUGCAAGAACCCUGGGAGACUCUGGCCGCCUCAACUGCAGAGACAGACAGCGUUGGUUUGGCAAACGCAGCCACUCCAGCCAAUGUGGGGUCGCCCCGUGACAGUGGGUUGAUGCUGCUGUUAUCACCUGCUCCCAGCCUUGUCUGUGGGGCACAGCCAGACAGCAUUACAGGCAACUUGGGACCUGCCGGAGAGACGCUCGGGGACAGCUUGGAGCAGAAAGACAAGGAUCGUGCGCCCUCUGCAGAAAGGUGGGUGCCUGCUGGGAGCAAAGCUGCCGGCACAGCUGGCCUCGAGUCACUGUGUGGCCAGGGACUGUCACUAACCUUGUCUCCUGACUCCAGUUCUGUCUGCCUCACAUCACUUGAUGGAGCAACAGAUCCUGGGACGGCUCCUGAGGACCAGGAGGCCAUGGCAAGCAUCCAGUCUCCAUCACUGAGCGACCUGGGAGAGAGCAGCUGUCUUUCCCAAAGGUGUGGAGGUGAUGUUUGUGCGGACCUCACUUCGCUGAGCCCUUGUGAAUCAAACCAAGAAGGGAACAAGGUUUUGGUGGAAGAACAGCAUAGCAGCCCUUCUGCCAACCCCACAGAUGUGCUGCAUGAGUCCUUGGGAGCAGGGGAUGGCCAGGGCUUCGCCUUCAACUGUACAGCCUUAGCAGGUGACUUUGAAGCUGUGGGGAGCAAUGAUGUGUGCCUCGGUGCCGGGAAGUCCCCCAGAAGUGACAAAACAAACACAGCAAUGGUGGCUAACGCACCACAGGAGCCGGAGACCUCUCUUCAUCACCUCUUGAAAUCAGAGCCCUCCUCCUCGGUGAGAGGGGGGAUAUCUGCCAUGAAGGAGCACCCCAGGCAGCAGCAGAGCUCCCCAAACAGCCUGUCCCCACCUGUCCACAGAGGCUCAGCUCCUGAUUCUCUGCUGCAGCAGGACCCUCUCCCCCAUGGCAGAGACGCAGACCCCCACCACCACUUGUUAGAGCAAAGCGAGCAGGGGCCAAUCCUGUACCAACACGGGAAGCCCUACGAGCAAGUAGGUCCUGCAGAUGUGAGUGUGGCUGCCAAGAGCCCAGAUGGCUCCUUAAAGCCCAGAUGUGCAGAAGAGGUGAAAAAAGACGUGGGUCCGUGCCACGCAGAGCCAGCAAAGACCUCCCCUGUGGAUGCGCUCGUGCCACGUAACUCGAGAUCGGUGCCUCCUCCUGCUCCGCACACCCACAAGGCAGGUCUGCACAACCUCGAGCCAGACUCAGUCCUCAGUAUGCACCCCGAGAUGUGCUCCCCCAGCGUGAGUCUGGCUCCAGAUGGUGCCCCAAGGUCCUGCUGCAUGGGUCAGCUGCCACCAGGCGCCUGCUCCGGGUAUGCCAGCCCUGGGGGCCAAGCAGCAGACAUGGUAGGGAGCCAUGAGAAGGAACCUAUGCCGCAUGAGGAUUUAGAAGGAGGAAGCAGCAUCCCUCUUGCCAGCCCUGCAUCUUUUUCAGCAGGGGAGUUGCUCGUGCCACUGUGCAAGCCCCAGUCUGUGUGCAACCAGAGUGAGCACGAGGCCAAGGGAUCCGAUGUGUUUGUUCAUCUGCACCAUGCCAGCGUGGAGGUGGGAGAGGGAGAAAUCCCCACUCUCCCCUUCCCAGUGUUGCCAUUACAUGGACACAGGGGGCUCUCUGGAGAAAGCCUGGAGCAUAGUGACGCUGAGGAUAUUUUGGACGUGCUCCCAAGGGCAAAGCAGCUCCCCAGCAAAGACAGACGCAUGGGCUUGACCUCUGAGGAUCUAUUUGAGACUUUCUCCAGCGACUCAGACCAGGAGUCUUUUGGGGGGACUUCACGGUCCUUGCUUACAGCCAGGAGUUCCUACGGAUCUGUGGAUGCUGCAGGCGCAAGGACUAACUGCGACUCCUCCUCCGCGAGCUUGGUGCAUGUGGAGGGGCGCAGCGAGGGUUGGGGCUCGCUGGGCGCAGAGGGGGGCUGCUCACGGGCUCAGCAUGGCCGGCCGAUCAGCCCGGGGGAAGCCAGCAGCGGGCGCAUUCCACAGUAUGUCAAUAUGAGGGACAGCCAGGGAAUCACCAAGGACUACCGGAACUUUGUGGUCACCAAAAAGUGCCAGGAGAGGAUGGGAAAUUUGCAGCCUUCAAAGAGGCGCAGACACUGUGCGGGGCAGCCGCAUUUGUUAAGGUCACUGAGGGGGACUUGGAGGGGUUUUGAGGAAAUCACCCAGCACACUUUGGACAUGGAGUGUCUCCGUUUCCAUUAUAAGCUAAAACAAAUCCUAAGGAGUGGGAAACCACCCUUUUCUACCUCCAAAAGCAUCUUUCCACAAGACUUUUCUCCCCAGGUGAUGUCUGAGACCUUGCCUGUGCGAGAAGCUCCUGUCCCGCUCUCCCCGCGGAGCAGGAGCCCUUUGCAGGUGACGAUCCUGCCCUCAGACACGUGGCCGAGCGGGCUCGGCUGGCACCAGCGAAGCAGCUGGCAGGGGCACCCGUGUACCCCGUGGCAGGACACACUCUGCGACGAGAGGAGCAGGGCCAGAUCCCGAACCACAAGCCAGGGCCGCGCUGCUCCCUUCCACCUCAGUGAGCUUACGUACGAUAAUAAGCUAAAGGACUCGCGGGGGGACAUCGCAGUCAUCCUUGAUGAGUAUGCUGAGUUCAACAGGGUGAUGCUGAGCAGGGCUGAUGCGGGGAGCGAGGGCGGAGGGCUGGUCCCGGCACAGGGGGAGGCGGCGAGCGAGUGGACCUGCGCAUCCCUCCCCGGGAGGAUGGCCGCCUUCAAGGAGAUGAUCGAGGACCUGUACAGCGCGCUGCGUUUCCACCUGCGCAGCGUGGCCAAGGAGGCCUGCGGCCACGCCGGCAUGUUCUACCUGGUGGAGACGGGCAAGGACCCUUUCUUUGCAAGAGUGAAGACCUUGCUGAAGAAACAUGGCCACGUGGAGAUCGAACCUCUGAGCUUCUGCGAAGCACAACACCUGGAUACUGACAGGCUGCUUGUUGUCAUCAGGAAUGAAGACAUUUCCUUGCACAUCCACAAUGUCCCAUGCUUGCUGAAGCUGAAGCACUGCCCGAACGUGGCGUUCGCCGGAGUGGACAGUCCCAAAGAUAUAACAGGUCACACAUACCAGGAGCUGUUUCAUACUGGUGGCUUCAUGGUGUCAGACAACGAGGUGUUGGAAACGGUAACGCUGGGCCAACUGAAAGAGGUGGUGAAGGUGCUGGAGAAGCUGAACAGAAGCGGGAGGUGGAAGUGGUUCCUUCACUACAAGGAGAGCAAGAAGCUCAGAGAAGAUGUCAGCAGGGUCGACGCCAACGCCCGCAAGAAGCACUUGAUCCUCAAAUCGUGCCAAGGAGCCGAUCUCAUUGAGGUGCUGCACUACCACGCCUGCGACUCCGGGUUGCCCCCCAAAUCCGAGCACGUCAAGUGCUUGUUGAACCUGCAGGUUCAGCACGUCAGCGCCAGGUUCGCUGUGUAUCUCACAGAAAAGCCCAGCGUUAGCAGGGAGGUCCUUGAAAGCAAAGGAAUCCUCGUGACCGACGUCAACGCUUUCCUUGGGACGGUGCAGAAAGCGGCUGCCCCAUUUAGAAGAAGCUACUGGUGACGAAGCGAAGCCGCGGCACGGCUCUUCCCCAGACCCUGAGGGGCUGGUUUGGGCAUCCUCAUCCUCUGCGGGACAGCCCCCACGCCCCGCUGGGUUUGGGGUGCUGCACACAGGAGCCGUGGGCAGAGAGGUGGCGGGGGAAGGUUGGUUCUAGUUCUGUAUAUAGAAAUUAUUUAAAGAUGGCUAACGUGAAUCCUCCCGGGGAUUUACUCCCUGCCAUCAAGUUGCAUAUAGGACAGAGGUUAUUUUAACAUUACACAGUUUUAAAUUAUUGGAGUGUUUUCAAGCUAUUAGUGCAGCUGACAUUGGAAGAAAUAGGAAAAUAAAAAAGCCUUUUACUUGAAAGUUAGGGGCGAUACGAGUCCACAAUAAUAAAAGCAUUUUCCACAUGGCUGUUGCUGUACAUACUGUACACAAGACGCCCGCGUUAGCCACUGGGGUGGGUGUACAUUUUAAAUGGGUGUUCAGGACCACCGCCCCCGAGUGUUGCUGAGCCUGCGGCAGUCUGCUCCACACUACGUUUCAAGUCGCCCCUGUUGCCUCUUGGUACCAUUUAACUGCUGGGAGUUGAGCACAUUCCAGCACGUGGAAGUCUUGUAAAUAGCCAGACGACAGGACCCAGGAACAAAAAAGCUCUUAUUUAUGGUAGCUCAGACAAACACGCGCCUGGAAGAAAAUGCCGCAUUAAAGACCUUUGUAAGAUACCCUACCUAUUGCUGUGGAGGACAAGGGUGUCCUUUUUUUUUUUUUUUUUUUUAAUAAAAGAAUGCAAGAACAUUAUGUACAGGA